ACAAUGGCUACUGACGCCCGGAGCUGACGGAACGCCCGUAUCCAUCACGUUUCAUCCGUCGAACUGCCGAUACUGCUUCCGCAUCAGCCGCCAGCACAAGAGCAAUGGCGUCUACUGGACGGUCCAUUUUAAAACGAUGUCAAUCUACCAGCGGUGCUUCGACCCGGACUGUGCCGGCUUUGAGAGCAACCACUUUCCGAUACCCCCAUCCUUACAGGAAAAGCUCCGCCACCAAGUCGCGGCCCUCGGCAGCAGA